AUGGCUGAUUCCAGUGGCAAUUCUAAUACUUUUUCGCCUCCUCAACCUUCGUCCCCACUGGUUACACGUCCCUCUCGUCCAGUUGUGCCUCCUGAGCGUACCCACCAAAUGCGUCUUCGUUACAUGCCUCCUACUACUAACCUCUCUGUCUCUUCUCUUUCUCCUCCAUCCCAUGAACCUACAUGCUUCUCUGAAGCAAACAAACACAGUGAAUGGCGGGCUGCAAUGGCUCAAGAAAUGGAUGCCCUUCUACGCAAUGGCACUUGGACAUUGGUUCCUUAUAACUCCUCCAUGAAUGUUCUUGGUUGCAAGUGGGUGUUUCGCAUCAAAAGAAAUGCUUCCGGCACUAUUGAGCGCUAUAAAGCUCGUCUAGUAGCCAAAGGUUUUCAUCAGCUUGAAGGCAAGGAUUACUCUGAAACGUUCAGUCCUAUUGUCAAACCAGCCACCAUUCGAGUUGUUCUAGCUAUUGCCACAUCUCAUGACUAG